AUGCCAACAGCGGAUGGACAGACUGUAUACGGUGUCAAAUUGGAUUGUGAAAUCCCAAUUCCCAAUAUUAUCAAACCAAGUUUGAAAAAUCAACAUCGACAUCGAUGUCAACAAGCCCGCAUAUGUUCAUCCAGGUCUUGCGAGAGCUCAAAAAAUGACCGCAUCGGAAAGAGAGCGAAUGACAUCGUUGGAAAAGGCUGAGGAAAAGAGCCCGUCGGCGUAUCUUAUGGAAGCAAGUACCAUCCCCAUUGAAUACACCGACGAGGAAUUCGUAAGAAUGAUCGACGAUCAAGAUUAUGCCGAUAAAUUGAUAAGAAAGAAACUAGAGGAGGGAGCGAAGAAAAUGAAAGAGGCAAAGAAGAAGGAGAAGGAAGAGGGAUCAGGAAAGAAGGAAAAGAAGGAUGAGAAGUCUGGAAAGAAAGCGAAAAAAGAUGAGAAAUCGAAAAAGUCGAAUGAGAAAGUUGUGGAAAAGAAGGAUGAUGGAAAAGGAAGAGGCAAAGCUGGAAAAGAUGGAAAGAGAAAGGGCAAAAAGCGAGUUGGGUCUUUCGAUAAAGAUGGCUUGCUUAUGGGCCGCUUCACGCUUCACCCCAUGCCUGAACACAUGCUUGUUUACCGUGGAAUCGGUCAAAACCCGGCGGAGAAUGAUGGAAUUGGGAUGAAAAAGGCCGAAGUUGAUGGAAGCGUGAAGAAACCGCCCAAAAAUGUUGGAAGCCGGAAGGAACCGCCCAAAAUAUAUGAAGAUACCAAGAAAGCCGCUAGACUUGAUGACAAUUCCAAGAAAUCGGCCAGAACUUGA